ACUCGAAUUCCACAUUGUAAUCGACCUUUCCUUCCCUGACCCACUCGAGGACGUGACCGCCUCUGCCACCUUCGCUCGUGCCCGACACCAGACCAGAUACCAUGGAGUCAAACCAGAACGACGAGCUCUACCCUAUUGCCGUCCUCAUUGACGAGCUGAAACAUGAUGAUGUAUUGCUCCGAUUGAAUGCCAUUCAUCGUCUUAACACUAUUGCUCUGGCGCUAGGCGCCGAAAGGACGCGGGAGGAGCUGAUACCAUUUCUGGAUGAGUCUGUUGAGGACGAGGAUGAGGUGCUCACCGCAUUGAGCGAGGAGUUGGGCAAUUUUGUCGAGUUUGUUGGCGGGCCUGAGUAUGGCCAUGUCCUACUCUCGCCUUUGGAGAAUCUUGCAGCGAUCGAGGAACCCCUUGUGCGCGAGAAGGCUGUUGAAUCCCUGAACAAAAUCUGCGAGCAGCUGUCACAGACACAGGUUGAGGAGUCAUUCAUCCCUCUUGUGCUUCGUCUCUCAAAAGCCGAUUGGUUCACCUCAAAAAUCUCCGCGACCGGUCUCUACAACGUCCCAUACACCCGCGCUACUCCCCCAUCGCAAGAACUGCUCCGACAGCAGUAUGGCGCACUUGUUCAUGACGAAACACCCAUGGUCAGGAGACAGGCAGCAAACAAUUUGGCGAAGUUCAUCAAGACUAUGCCGCCUACCAUUGUAAUUGAGGAGAUGAUUCCACUUUUCCAACAUUUGGCGUCGGACGACCAGGACAGCGUGAGGUUGCUCACUGUGGAGAUUCUCAUCGCUAUCGCGGAGGCGGUACCAAAAGAGCAGCAGUCGAGCCAUGGUGUCUUACUCACUUCUUUGCGAAGUUUGUUCGAGGACAAGAGCUGGAGGGUUAGGUACAUGGUAGCAGAUCGCUUUGAGAAGAUUGCGAAAGCUGUUGACGAAGAGGUCGUAACCAGAGACCUAGUGCCUGCAUUCGUGAAGCUCCUCAAAGACACUGAGGCAGAAGUGCGGAGUGCAAUUGCGGGGCAAAUUCCAGGUUUCUGCACUCUUCUUGAGAGGGAGACCCUCCUUCAUGAGGUUAUGCCUAGCAUAGAAGAGCUUGUAUCGGAUCAGUCCCAGCAUGUUCGUGCAGCUCUAGGCACACAAAUCAGUGGCCUAGCGCCAAUCCUCGGAAAGGACGAGACCAUUUCACAUCUCCUUCCAAUGUUCCUUCAAAUGCUGAAGGAUGAGUUCCCCGACGUCAGACUCAAUAUCAUUUCCAAGUUGGAGUCCGUCAAUAACGUCAUCGGCAUCGAGCUUCUCUCUCAGUCACUCCUUCCCGCCAUCGUCCAGCUGGCAGAAGACAAACAGUGGCGAGUCCGACUUGCGAUCAUUGAAUAUGUGCCCCUUCUUGCCUCUCAAUUGGGUGUCAAAUUCUUUGACGAGAAGCUCAGCAGCCUGUGUAUGAGCUGGUUGGGUGACACCGUCUUCUCCAUCCGUGAGGCGUCCACCCAAAACCUCAAGAAGCUCACAGAAGUUUUCGGUGUCGAGUGGGCCAAUGAGGCUAUUGUGCCCAAGGUCAUGGCCAUGGGCCAGCAUCCCAACUACCUCUAUCGCAUGACAACAUGCUUCGCUGUUUCUACCCUCGCACCUGCUCUCAGCCUUGACGUCAUUGAGACUUCCAUUCUCCCUAUGAUGGACAAGCUCGUCAACGAUGACAUCCCCAACAUCCGCUUUAACGUCGCCAAAUCCUACGCCGUUCUCAUCGACACACUCAAGCAGUUGCCCGAAGAGGGCACCGUCCUCGCUCUUCAGAAGGCCGGAACACCUGGCCAGGGUUGCCCGAAGGGCCAGGAGCUCAUCACCAAGAGCAUCCUACCGAACCUCGAGAAGUUGCAGCAGGACGACGAUGUGGAUGUGCGGUAUUUCGCCACAACGGCGGCGCAGGGUUUUACGGAUGCCAUGCAGUCCUAGAGAAGACAGGCUUGUAUGAUUUGAAAAGCGACGACACGGUGCAUGAAAGACGAGGUUACGACAAGUAUCCGCCUGGCAGUUAAUGGACCUGGCUUUGAUAGAGUGAGAGCCUCGGCCUGGGGGGAUCGAGCAUUGCGACGAAACGGAAUGCAAAGCUGGAGAGUGAGCAGGAGUAGUUUGGGCAUGUCAUAGAAACAUAUUGUCCCCCCCUGCCUUCCUUCGGCCUUCGUGCGUUUUGAUUUGCCUUUUUAGUUUCUCUCUUCCUUGCGGCUUUGGCAUUCUCAUAACUAAACCAGUUGGUGUACGAGAGAGAUGGGAGGAGGGAAGGGGGAACCGCCUGCCAGGGUGAGUUCGCGCGCGUGCGUGCGUGCGUGUGUGCAAAUGAAUGGAAAACCAAACAAAGACUACCCCCUGUUUAGAAUUCAUAACGACUGCUUUUCUU